AUGGCAGAUCCAACAAUAAAAACAUUUUGUUGCCAUCAUAAUUCAAUGUUAAACGAAUCAUCGGGUCUCUUAUUACAUUUUAACUCACAAUCAUAUAACACAGUUUGUUUGGCUUCUUCAUCGAUUGGAAUGCUUGGAGCAAUUUUUCAAAUUUUACCUCGUGAAAGUCUUACCUUAAAUCACAGGUGGUAUUCACCAUCAGCAACGCGAGGGAGACACAUAAUUAUAUGGUUAGCCGUUGCUGAUUUACUUGCUUCAUUGGGUGUUUUCAUGAGGUCAUUUUUAUUUAAUCACAAUCAAUAUUUAUUGGAUUCCGGUUUUGCUUCAUACACAUUGAUUUGUGCGGUUUCAUCGGCAUGGAUUCAGUAUUUUUAUACAGCCACAUGGUUGUGGACUCUUUUUUAUGCAAUCGAUAUGAAAUUAGUUUUAAGAGAAGAAGAUGGUCAUCCAAUGUUAUAUCAUUCUGUCGUUUGGAUAUUUCCUGCCAUAUUCACAAUAAUCGGAUUAUCAGUUUUAUACAUUCCCGAUAUUGACUGUCACUGUGGUAGUCCAUCGACAGUUUUGUUAAGAAUUUUACCUAAUUAUUUAGCAACAUAUUUUCCACUGGCUACAGUAAUGCUUUUAAAUCCAUUUUUAUAUUUAUCAUUAUCGAAUGAUGUUAAAAUAAGUAUAACAAGAUCUACAUCACAAUUCACGAAUAAAGAAAGACAAUUAAUUGAUAUAAUAAAAGUUAAAUUUUUACUUAUAAAUGUAUCAUUUUAUCUAUGCUGGCUACCGAAUUUAAUAAAUGGUAUAUUAAUAUGGAAUUUUUGGUUUUCCGUACCUGAUGAAAUUGUACUCAUGCUUUGGUACAUAAUGGCUUUGAUGAAUCCCCUCCAAGCAGUUUUUAAUUCAUUAGUUUAUAGAAGAUGGACGGGUAUGCCAGAAAGGGUUUACAUGCCUUGUAGAAAAGAAAAUAAUUAUUCUUAUAACAUAAAUUUUAAUAACACAUCUAAAUUUCCACCUACAAGUGAAUCAUCACCACUUUUACUUCCUUCGAUAAAUUCAACUUGCGAUAGUAAUUUGUGA